UAAUUAAUUAUCUUCCAACAUUAAUGACCGAAUGAUAAUAAUAUUAUUUUGUUAUCUGUGGGUUUAUGCUUUAUGGUGUGGUAAGUAAGUAAAGGAUAAAAUUGUUAUUGUAGACAGUAGUUGAUCUGUCAAACAAGCCUGUUUGUAUCCAAUAAAUAAACGUAUUUUAUAACAAUACAAUAAAAUUACGGCUACUUAAUAGGUAGUAAUGAAUAAAAUUUGUCGAAUAUGUCUAGAAGAAGGUGUUCUAUCGUCUGUAUUCACUAAAAACUAUAAUAUAUCACUAUGUGACAUGAUAGAGUAUUGUUGUAAUAUAAAGAUAAGCAAAGAUGAUGGUUUGCCAGAACAAGUAUGCAGUAAUUGUAUUUAUAAGAUGGGUAUUGCUUACCAUUUCAAACAAACUUGUGAAAGCGCCGAUAUAAGACUGAGACAGUAUUUAGGACUAAGAAUUCCAAGCAAAUACAAUGAUGCUUGUGUAGCUACUGAUCCAUUUGUGCCCACACAUACAACAAUAAUAAAGAAAUGUAAAUGCAAGCAACAAGAACCAAAGAGACAAACUAAUUAUAAGAAGAAAUCGGAGUCUGAGAAAAUGAAACGAGGUCCCAAACCAAAGCCUAAACAAGAGCACCAAUGUUAUCAAUGUGAUAAGCAGUUCAGAUGUCAGGCACAACUAGAGAUGCAUGUUAGGACCCAUACAGGAGACAAACCCUUUGUGUGCAUGUACUGUCCUAGAAGAUUCACACAAAAACAUAAUCUUACCAUACAUCUCCGAAUACAUACUGGCGAGAAACCUUUUCAAUGUGAAGUUUGCAGCAAGAGAUUCUCGGCACAAGGAAACCUUCAUGCCCAUCUAAAGAUUCACACUGGCCAAAGAGAUCAUGAAUGUUCAAUAUGUAAUAAGAGUUUUAUUACUUCAAGUGAGCUGACACGACACAUGAACAAACAUAGAGGAGUUAGAAAUUUUAAAUGUGAUCUAUGUGGGGCUGCCUAUGUACAUUCUAGAGACCUAAAACUACACAAACUGAAAAAGCAUCAAAUAGUUCAACAGAAUACUAAGCUUCAAAACGAAGGAUUUAACAACAGCGGCAACAUUGACAUUAUAGGUAUAGACGUUGGUAAAGAGCCACCAAUGAAAGAUGUUGGACAUCUUAUACCACAUUUGAUUAAUGACAAACCGGAGCAGAAUCUCCCUGUUAUACCCGAGAAUCAGUCACUCAUGCCUUUUGAACAGAAAACUAAAGAAAUGUUUCAUCAGUAUCCAAGUAAAGUUUUCGAGGUUCACAACUGUGCUAUAUGCGGUGAAGACUUUGAUUAUGUGACAGCUUUAGCCCAACACUAUUUGCAUCAACACAAGGACCAUGAAAAUAUACACUCUAAAGUCUAUGGGUUGCCGCAUUAAAAAAAAUUAUUUCAUACCUAAAGUGGGGAUGAUAGGAGAGUGUUUCCUGCUAUGUCUUGUUUACCAGUUGAUAAUAGUAUUGUCGUUUUCUAAUAAGCCAUCCCCAGUUUAAGUUCUUUAGUGAAAAUGGGUGACUCAACAAGUUUGAUUUUAGUAUUCUGCCUAAUGGACAGAAUAUUCAAUUACCUAUAACAUGUUCAAGUUGAAGCAUUAAAAAGGCACACUCGAAUAACAAAAAUACCAAGAACUAUGUUAGUGGUUUUGAAAAAUGAGGAUGCAGAAUGAAAGAUUGAACAAUAUUAUUUGUAAUCUAUUUAUUGCAUGGCCAAAAAGUACUUACAAAGCCUAGAUGCUCAGGCCCAGACAACAGUAUGAAACAGGAAUAAAUAUUUAUUAAAUGAAA